AAUAUUGUACAAAACAAAACUUGCUCGAUUCUUAGAUUAUAGUAAGUUUCGAAUCGACAUUCAUUUUAUGUGUACAACUUUUUUUGAAUUUUUCGUUAUUGUGAAACGAUUUGUGUCGUGUUGUAAUUGAAGAGUCGAAUACAGAAAUUUCAAAUGAUUCGAAUGAAAAUAAUGUUUCAAUUCAAUUGAGCAAUGCUUUCCUUGACCAAUUCUAUAUGGAAAUGAAUGCGUUUGCAAACGAUGUUUUCGGCUAUGAACAAAUGUUGGAAUGGAAUGAAAAGGGAAAGAAACGCGAAAUGACAAAAAAAAUUCUUGGAAAAUUUAAAAUGAAUGGUGCUUCAUUGGAAAAGCUCAAAGAAGUAUACCACACAACAGCUCAUUCCAACUCUGAUUUUGAAAUCCUGUUGGAAUUGGUGAUCGAUAAUUUUGUCACUAUAAUGGUCAAUGGAAAUUUGCGUGUAUCAGACCCUGCAUAUUAUUUACCAUAUCAACUUUUUAUGGAACAUAUGGACCAAAUGAACACAAAAAAAUAAUUUAGUUUUGUUUUGAUUUUUUGCAACAUUUUGGUUUUCAGUUAAUACAAUAAAAACAAAACUGUUUUUUCGUGAACACAAAAUUCUAAAUUUAUUACGUUGUUUGUUUAGAAUUUUUUUAGAAAAAAAGUAAAUUUUUUGGUUUUGAGGAAAUUUGUUUAUUGUUGCUAUUUGUGAAAGCGUAGAUAUUUGUAAGUAUUUGACUAUAAUCCUAAAAGUUAAUGGAAUACCACUAUGACACAUAGAAAACAUUUUUUCAAAGGGGUGUUUUUCGAAAAUUAUAAAAAAAAUUGUUUUAAAAAAUUUUGAAGAAAUAAAGUAAAAUAAAAAAAUUUCGAAAGCAUGAAAUUUUUUCAAAACCAAAUUUUCCUCAAAAAGAUAAAAGAAAUUUCUUCGAAGAGGUGUUUUUCUAAAAUUACAAAAAAAAAAAUUUCAAAAAUUUUAAACAAAUAAAAUAAAAUAAAACUUUUUCAAGGGUAUGAAAUUUUGUCAAAACAAAAUUUUCUGAAAACCAAACAAAAUUUAAAAAAAAAAUGGUGUUUUCAAAGCAUUUCAUAUUCCACUAUUAAUAGAGAAUACAUUUUUUCGAGGGGGUGUUUUUCAAAGCGGACAAAAAUCUUUUUUAACAAAUCAAUUUAAACUUUUACAAAAGUAUGAAAUUUUUUCAAGAACAAAAUUUUCUCAAAAACGUUAAAUUAAAAAAAAAAUUGUUUUUUCAAAAUAUUUAAUUUUCAGCAAUUAACUGAGAAGAAAUUUGUUAGAGCGAAGUGUUUUUCAAAACUUCAAAAAACACUUUUUAACCAAAAAAAAUAAACCUUUUUUCAAAAACAACAGGAAUGAUAACAUUGCUUAACAAUUUCUGCACUUUUGCACAGUCUAAAGAGGCAUUGAUACAGAGUGUAUUUCCAAACAUAGUUCAACAUUACAAAAACCAUGAUUGGCUCAGCGAAAGAGCAAUUUUAGCUGGGAAAAAUAAGCACGUCAAUGAUAUAAAUUCAGCAAUUUUAGAUCAAAUAUCUGGUGACAUAGUUGCGUAUAAGUCAAUGGACACUAUUACUGAUCAAGAUGAUGUCGUAAAUUAUCCAACUGAAUUCUUAAACUCACUCGAUUUGCCAGGUCUACCACCUCAUAAUUUACGAUUAAAAAUUGGAGCACCGAUUAUUAUGCUGCGCAAGAUUAAUGUGCCCCGACUUUGCAACGGUACCAGACUCGCUGUGAAGAAGCUAAUGGGUAACGUUAUCGAAGCAACAAUUUUGAAAGGGAAGUACAAAGGAGAAGACGUUUUGAUACCCAGAAUUCUACUGAUUCAGACGGAUUUACCAUUCGAUUUCAAACGUUUGCAGUUCCCUAUUCGCCUUGCCUUCGCUAUGACAAUUAAUAAGGCGCAAGGACAGUUUCUACAAAUAUGCGGUAUUAAUUUAGAAUACCCAAUUUUUUCUGAUGGACAAUUGUAUGUAGCUUGCUCACGAGUAGGCAAACCAUCGUCAUUAUUCAUUUAUGCGAAAGAUGGAAAAACCAAAAACGUUGUCUACCAAAAAGUGUUACAAUAAAGUUCGAAUGAAAUUGUAUCAAAGAA